AUGUAUGCCCUUAUUGCCGCGGGCAGUGAAGUUGAAAGGGAAGAUGACCACAACUGGGUGUUGGACCGCUGGAUAACAAUCCAGUCUCGCCUAAUGCUCGGCAGCGCGGAUCGAUCCCUCCAGGUCUUGCGGGAGGUGUGGAAUUGCCGUGACGCCAUCAAGGGCGAUAGACAGCAGCAUAAUAUUGGAAACAAUAACAGGGCUAGUUCCUUAUCAAAUGACGACAGAAACAAAAUCAAGACCACGCAAAGACCAGUUGAGCCGCAAUUCUCCUCAUCUUCAGCCAGGCAUGAAAUAUCGCUGCGAGGAUCUGCUAUCGCGCCGUUAGAGAAAAUUGAAGUUGAGAGAACAGUUCGCGGCAGACUGCAUUGGGUGAAUGUCAUGGCAGAAUGGGGCUGGGAAAUGUUCAUUGGCUAG